AUGGUAGACAAUGGUAAGCGAGCAAGGGACGAUGAAUUCUUCGAUGCCAAAGAUAACGGAGAAUUCUUCGAUGCCAUAGGUAACGGAGAAUUCUUUGAUGUCAUAGUUAACGAAGAAUUCUUUGAUGCCACAGUUAACCAACAUCAACAUCAGCAGCAUCAACAGCAAACACAGCAACAACAGGAUCAUGCCAGCAAUGUUGGCAAAACAAAUGAUGUGCCCGGCUCAUCGAAUCACAGCGAUACACAUGGUGGCGCAUUUCGAGCACCCGGCGUUGGGAUGCAUUCGCACAACAGUGACCAGGUAUCUUGCAGUAGUCCGUCGCAACAACACAAUUCGAUGCCACACCUGCAGGCAUUCCACGGCGGCCUGCACUCGCAUUUGUUGCGCAACCAGCAACAUGCUGCAGCCGCAACGAAACGAGAAUCCGCAAAAGCAAAAAGACGGAAGAAUCGUGAUCCCGACAGCUCUUCUUGCUCUCACUCUACGAGGAGAUCAAACGUGUAUCCGAAGAGAUUCGACUCAAUGUCAAGGGCGAACUCAUACAGGUGCUCAAAAACACCAGAAAAAACCACCGGUGAAACAAGAGGAAUCCCAAUCAAUAACACAUGCAUAAUCCUCAGCGUCGUCAACGAGCAAACAAAGUACGACCACCACAAAUGUCAAGAUACAAUUGUCACAGCAUGCACAAAUAACGCACAGCAUGUAUCAGCUGCAAAGAAAUACGAGAAGAUGAAAAGGAAUCUAUCGCCACACCCAAAGUCGAACGCGUGUCGACUUCAGUCGUAG